AUGUUCCAUUCCUUCACCGGUGACGCUCGUCGUCCGCGGCAGGUGAACCUCCGUGGCCGAACCACAAAUCCUUUCGCUGCAUUCCCGAGCAACUCCCCGAGCAGACAGACACCGCAUGCCACGAACCCCCAGAGUGCCGUCGCUAUUGCACAGCAGGAGCGAGCUUUGAGACAAGAAGAGAGAGACCGACAGGCUGCAAGCCGACUCAUUCAGCGGGUUUGGCGAGGUUAUCACAACCGAAAAGGCACCUACCAAAUUUUUAGACUUGAGUGGGAUGUGAAUGAAAGAAUAAGGGAAGAAAGGGCCAUGAAAAAUGGCCCCGAGACGUCGCCAACGAGGCCUGAUCACAUCUCGCAUCGGUUGCAGCCACCCGCACCAUAUGCGACUGCGGAGCAGUGUUUGUCUCAACUGAGACUCCUGGUCCAAUUUGUGGGCCACUCACGGCAGUCCGAUGAUGCAUUUCGCUUGGUGUAUUUCUCCGAUGCAUUUGUCCAGACCUUCCACUCCCUCCCUACGAUCGCUACAGAAGGCGAAUGGACCGAGCUGUUGAAGCGGUUCGCUGCUGCCAUCCUUCAGAUACUAGGCCCGAGAAGGGAGCAACUCUUGUGGGAGGUACCGAGCACAGUGACUCCUCUGUUAGAGAUGGCGGUGUUUUUGACCCGCUUGAUACCGAAGAAAAUGGCGGCAAUAGGGCACCUCUAUUACACCACGAUGGCGUCCUUGACGCUGAGGCUCACUCAUACCUUUCACAGUAUUGAAUUGACUUCUGGAAAAAUGGUUGAGGCUGUUAUUUCCCUGCUCAAACCCAUCACCUCGGAGACAUUGUCGGCAUAUGAGGCGUUCGCUACUUCAUACCUCAGUGUCCCUGAUCUUCAAAUGUACCUGGGAUCGCUUGAUGAACUGUCCCGUCAAAUCAACUACAAAAUGCUUGCUUCGGCGGUGGGGUCCUGUCUUGCUUCCACCGGGGGCAGUUCUCGCACUCUGGAUGAUACAGAGACUCGUCUCUGGGUGCUAUCCUAUCUGGUUUUCUUUCAUAGAUAUGCACUUGGAGCCCAGGAAAAUUCUCAGGCUCCGGAGCUGGAAUUUGUGGCUGUGGUGUCUGAGUUGCUGACCUCGAUGGCUUCUCAUAUCACAUCACGUCUGAUGGUUGAAGACACGUCGAGCGAAGAUAAACCUUUGCCCCCAUUCAUCAAAGACCAGAUCAUGAGCCUUGCGAACCAAAACAGUGUCACCGGAUUGCUUUCUCGGAUCCGAUCCUCCAAUGUAUCCCAGGCUGACCUGGCAAAUACCAACUCUGGGGCAUCGAAGGAGACCAAGAUCCUUGCCACAUACGCACUGAAUUUGCUGAGGGUUUUCCCUCGACGAGGAGAUGAAAUUCGAAUGUGGUUGUACUUAGGCUCGGCCCCUUCAGAGGGACCGCUCGCUGGCCGGUCGGACGCAAGGAUUCCAGCGAUCAAGUACUUCUGGCAGGCAUCGAGAUCUAGUCAAGUCUUCGAAUCCAUCAAGAAUGACCCCGACAGUGUCCUCUCAUUGUUGCAGCCUCAGAUGGACAUGGCUUUGCCUAUCCAAAUUCCAUUUUCCGAACGCAAUCAGCAGUGGACAAUCAUCCUGCUCUUCCUUGAGCUGUACACUUUCGUCUUGAAAGUCAUGGAUGACGAAGAAUUCUUCUCUCAGGCAGCUUCAUUUACGGCUUCGGAAACUCAACAUAUCUCGUGGACCAAGGAAAGUGCGUUGCCACUGCAAGACGUCAAGGAGUUGUCUCUAUUCCUCAAAAACCUCGCCUUCACCCUCUACUGGAACUCCGCGGACCUGGUUCCCGAAGAAGCCAGCCAGCAGAAUCUCGUGGAUAUUGGCAGCUACUUUAACAGAACGUCUCAACGUCUGCCGAAGUCCCCGAUGCCUCCGGAUGGAGAUCAGAGAUCUCAAAACGGUGAUCUGCCAGGAGUGACGGGGAUCCCCCUGGAGUACUUCAAGGGCAUCGUGACUGGACUGCUGAGAAUGAUCUACGAACGAGAUUCGCGGCGGAGAUUUCUUCCUCACGAUCACUGGCUUACCACGCGAUUUGACAUCGAGCAUUUCACUCAGGCCGUCGUAGAGGAAGAAGAGAGGCGGCGUGAAUUUCAAGAUGAAGGCGAGGAUGCCACAGAUCCUGACCUUAUGGAUGAGGAUGCAUUCGAACCCUUCGGCCUGGCCGGUACUAGCCACGCUCAAUGGGCUAUGCGCAACGAAGCCUCGAGUCUCCGUCAAUUACAAAAUUCCCGGAGAAGACUUCUGGGGCACGUUAUACCCCGUCUUGAGAUCCUUCGAAACGUUCCGUUCUUUGUUCCCUUUACGACCCGCGUGCAGAUCUUUCGCGAAUUUAUUAUUCGGGAUCAGAAGUAUCGUCGGAAUGGAUACGUUGACUCAGAUAUGUGGCGCAUGUUCGUAGCCCAGACUACGGGUCAACAUCUUCAUGGCCAACCGUCUGGCCAAGAUAUCCUGGCUCGGCAUCAUGCUGAUAUUCGACGAGGGAGCGUGUUUGACGACGCAUUUUCCCAAUUCUACACGUUGGGCGACGGCCUCAAAGAGCCAAUCCAGAUCAGUUUUAUUGACCAGUUUGGCAACAUGGAGGCGGGUAUUGAUGGCGGUGGGGUAACGAAGGAGUUUUUAACCAGCGUUAUCUCCGAGGCCUUCAAGACCGACGAUAAAUCGAGCAUGUUUGUGGAGAAUGACCACCAUUUGCUCUACCCGAACCCAGUCGCUGUCGAACAUCUCAAGAAGACCCUCCACGAAAGUCGAUCGCCCGAAUCCUCCGUUUACUGGACAGCUGAAAUUCGCGCUCUGCUUCGCCGCUAUGAAUUCCUCGGCCGGGUGAUCGGAAAGUGUCUCUACGAAGGGAUCUUGGUUGAUGUUCACUUCGCGCCAUUUUUCCUUUUGAAAUGGGCAUUGACUGGGGGCUCUGGAUCCGCCGUCAGGGAGUCGUCGUACCGCGCCAAUGUAAAUGAUUUGAGGGAUCUCGACGAGGGACUUUACCAGGGGCUUCUGCAACUGAAAAACUAUCCCGGCAAUGUCGAGGACUUCGCUCUCGACUUCACCGUCACCGAUACGAUCCCGACAGACGGAUCGACAAAGCAUACGGUGACAAAAGAGCUCAAGCCCCAUGGCUCAAGCACAGCCGUUACAAACCAGAACCGGCUGGUGUACAUCUCCUGUGUUGCCCGGUAUCGUCUCCAGUUGCAGCCUUCUCUGCAAACCAAUGCCUUCCUGCAGGGCUUGGGGCAGAUCAUCCAGCCCAGCUGGCUGUCCAUGUUCAACCAGUCUGAGCUGCAAACCCUGGUGAGUGGUGAGACCGGAGAGAUUGACGUUGAGGACCUGCGGCGGAACACGCUGUACGGGGGUGUGUACACGAUCGGCGACGAUCACCAGGAGCACCCAACCAUCCGGCUUUUCUGGGAGGUCAUGCACAGCAUGAACAAUGAAGACCGGCAGAAGGUGCUGCGUUUUGUCACGUCGACCCCGCGUGCUCCACUGCUAGGUUUCAGCCACCUGAACCCCCGGUUCAGUAUUCGCGACUCCAGCGAGGACCAGGAGCGACUACCGAGCACAAGUACAUGCGUCAACCUGUUGAAGUUGCCGCGUUAUACUAGUGCCGACAUGCUCCGAACCAAGCUGUUAUAUGCGGUGAGCUCGGGGGCCGGGUUUGAUCUGAGUUAA